AGUUUAUUUCAUGUAUUUAUGGGUUUUACACUUUUUGUUUAUGGUUUUAGCAUCAGGUAUGUAUGUUUAUAGGUUUAAACAGGCAAUCAUUUGGGUGUCUGGAACGGAUUAAUCCAAAAAUUUACAUUAUUUCAUAUCAUAUGGGAAAAACUGAUUAAGAACUCGAACUUUUCGGAACUCGAACGCCCUUCUGGAACGAAUUAAGUUCAAGUUCCGAGGUUCCACGGUACUUCAAAUUAGUUUUUGUACCUUUCGGUUGCAGUGCCAGUGAGUGGAAUAUGAAUAUGUGUCAGUUGAUCAUCUGAUUCGAGCUCAUCACAUGUGUGACGUGAGACGACAUGCCUAUAAUAUUCAUAUGGGAUUAAAAUCUGCACUUUUCAUGUGUGUGUAAGGAGUGUUUAAAUGACACUUCUCGUGCUUAUUCCUGAAAACACACACACACGACACGCGAGUCGGAACACGGAAAUUUGCAUUCGCGGGGAGCGCAGGUGGUCAGGUGUCUGAGCCUGAGCGCGUGUCCGGUCCCAUCUCGAGCACAUGCGCGCGCGACAGCUGGGACUGGUGUCCGCGGGAGGUCCACGGGUGUCCACGGGUGUCCGCAUCACAGUGUCCUGCGCAACAGAUCAAAGACAAAGGAAGCGCUCCGACAUCAAAGGACGGAAAGAACAGAAAUAUCCGCCUUCAAAGGCUGUGGUGGUGUGGAGCCUAUCCUGGAAAAAUAAGCACGGUGUAAACGCCUUGGGCUCCGGUCCUCCUCAGUGGGCUCCUCCGUGAGCAGAUGUGGAUAACAAGGCACCCAAGGAGUCGCUCUGCAGAGACAGUUGCUCUUGGAGACAGGCUUGGGACUGUGAUGCCCGGAGCUCCUUGACUCUUGGACUACGGUGACGCCCGCAGCCAAUGGCUCGUAGCCUUGGCAGACUGCUGUGCCUGUGUCUCAUGCUGUGCCUCAUGGUGGGGCACCUGCUCAUCUACGUGGUUGUGUCCAUCUUCGUCAUCAUAUCCUACCACCCCUCAGAGGUGCCUGUACACUUCGUGGCCCCGGGGGCCUCCUCCAACUCUGCCGAGCUCGCCGCCCACCCGCUGCAUCCCUUCUGGAACCUGCGACUGGACAGCGGCGCCCUGUGGAACCAUCUCCAGCACCCGCGGGACCGCCUGCAUAACCCCAUACUGAGGGGCAACGACAGCAGCGUGGCGAAGGGGCUGAACCCACCCGUGGAGGCGCGACCCCAGGACGGCGUCCCCGCGUGUGGCCUUGACCGGAGCUGGGUACCCCACCUCCCGGACUUUGACUCAUUCCCGGAUCAGAUGCGGGACUUUGUCCUCUCCAUGCAUUGCACCGAGUACCCGCUAAUGCUGAACCAGCCCGGGUUGUGCGGUGAGGGUGGUGCCGGGGAGGGACCCGCGCUGCUCAUCGCCGUCAAGUCUCAGACGCCCAACUUCGAGAGCAGGCAGGCCAUCCGGCAGACGUGGGGGGCGUCCGGGUGGGUGAAGGGAGAGGCGGGGGGCCCGGGAGGACUCGUGCGUACCGUCUUCCUCCUGGGCAGGCAGGAUGGCUCCACGGGGGUCCACCCCGAGCUGGGGGAGCUGCUGGAGGUGGAAAGCCGGCGGCACGGCGACAUCCUGCAGUGGGACUUCAGGGACACCUUCUUCAACCUGACCCUGAAGGACGUCCUGUUCUGGCGCUGGUUCUCGGCCAACUGCCCUCGCGCGCGAUUCGUCUUCAAGGGCGACGACGACGUCUUCCUGCGCACGCGCACCCUCCUUGACUACCUGCGCCAGCUGGAGGAGGAACGCCUCAAUGGCACCGGGGGCGCGUGGGACUUCGUCGUGGGGGACGUGAUCAGCAACGCGUUCCCGAACCGCCAGCCGUCCGACAAGUACUACAUCCCCGAGAGCUUUUACAAGGGGUCGUAUCCCGCGUACGCCGGCGGGGGAGGGGUGGUGUACUCGGGAGAGCUGGCGCUGCAUCUCAGGGAGGUGUCCCACAGGGUGCUCCUCUUCCCAAUCGACGACGUCUACGUGGGCAUGUGCCUGCACAGGCUGGGCAUCUCCCCCACGCACCACCCAGGGUUCAUGACCUUUGACCUCCCAGAAGAGGACCGCGGUAAGACCUGUGCCUAUCAUUCUGUCCUCCUGGUCCACAAACGAACCCCCAAGGAGGUGCUCAGACUGUGGUCUGAGCUGCAGACGCCGCCGCCCCCCUGCUAGGAGCUCCGAGAGACGCGACGAGGGUCGGGGGCGUCUGGACCCAAAGGAACCGUGUCCCUGAAACGGGACCAAGGACCGAAGACAUCGACCCCAUGACAGAGGAGUGUAGACAGACACACCGAGCACCUCCUUGCCCGGCACUCCGCAGCGUGUGAAGGUCGGGUUCACUGGGGUCGCACAAAUGGAAGUGAACCAAACGCGUCGUGUUGUCUAUAAGGGACCGGCGGUGUGACGUGUGUGUGUGUGUGUGUGUGUGUGUCAGACGACUCCGUGUGAAGAGCACCUUUUUCAUUUAACAUAUGAAAUAUCAGUUGUCCGUAGAACAGUGACGAGAAUGUUGUUUAUUCUAAACCAUCUUGGAACCUUCAUCCUUGUUAAUUUGCUUGUUCAACAGUUUAUAACUUAACUCAUAAAUGCAGCUAAAGAUUUUUUGGUAAGAAUUCUUUAUUUGUGGGUAGAAGCAUAACAAAAAAGUGUUUGUUAAAAUUUUCCAGAGCUGUUUCUGGUUUUACUGCAGUGGAUGUUGGAGGAAUAAAAAUUCUGUU